AUGUACACCAACUGGGCUCACCAUUUCCUUCCAAAAUGCUUCGCCGCUCUUUCCUUCAUUCUCAAUCCCAUAUUCAUUUAUCUGUUAUUUUCUGUAAACCAGACGAGUAUCGGGAGUUAUCGGUGUCUUCUGCUGCUGUUCGCCAUCUUCAACAUGAGCUUCUCCCUUUGCGACACGUUAAUUCCGAUGGGAGUUCACAUUCAUCGCUACGCGUUCGCCGUCUUCAUCACUGACGGACCGUUCUUUGAGGUUUGUCAUAGAGUUGUCCGAUCCGCUCAUUUUAAAGUUCUCCUUCAGGACUCUCCGCUCUCCCAUUUGAUGCGGGGCUCCUUUAGCCAAUCGCUACUUCCUUCCCUACGGUCUCAUCGUCUCCAUCUUCUACUGUUUUAUGCACAUGCUCGUCUGGUCGGCAGUCUCCGAAAUGAUGGUGGACGUGGAUCGAGAAGUCCGUUACUACAUCCGCGACUCGUUCGAGAAGGAUUACGGAGUCUCGGUGUUCCAGGUAACGAUGUCAGUCGGAUUGUACCGGGUACGAGGAUUACAUCCUGAUUUCCUAAUAUUACCCGUUGUUCUAGGAAGGCAGUUAUUCGGCGAUUCUGAAGACGUGGCUCGGAGUGACUGUCGACUCGAUCAUCUCCUUUUACUCAAUCGUCCUUUACUUCGUACUCGGCUACCGAAUUAUGAAGAAACUAAACAGUCAAGACCAUUCCUCGACUAGUGAACGGACGAUUCAGAUGCAAAGGCAGCUGUUCAAAGCGCUCACAGUGCAGACGAUCAUUCCGAUUUUAGUGAACUACAUUCCCUGCUUCAUCUCCUGGACGACCCCUAUCUUGAGCAUCAGUUUUGGGAGGUCAGUUUCGAAGAGAAUCAAGUUGCGCUCAUCAGAAGACCCUUCCAGAUCAGUGUACCUCUCGGCGGCGAUCGCAGUCUCCACCUUCCCUGUGCUGGAUCCGCUCGCCAUCAUCCUUUGCGUUCCCUUCCUCCGUCACCGAAUCACCGCCCGCAAACCUGCCCCGGAGUCUUCCAGUUGCCCUCCAUUCGGCUGCUACACAAUUAUCUGA